UUUAUGGAAAAUGCGUAAUUUCAACCGAAUUCCGCGAAAUUUCAUAAUUCUCCGUAAUUUGCUCGAUAAAGGUGGCACGCGUACAACGAAACAAUCAAAAUAUUCCUUAACCACCCACCACUCACUUUUUACAUCUACCUUGUGCGAUAAAAAAGGAAAACAGCAUCGAUGGCGAACGGCGGUUCACGGUGAAGCUGCGCGUCGUUACCAGGACGACCGGAGAGGGUUGGACCGGCAGCAGCGCGUCUCCAUAGGGAGAGGAGGUCGAGGGUUGCGAGGAAGAGGAAGGGUGGACAGGCGGGCACAGGGGUGUACAUCCGGGGGAUAGGCUGCUGUCGGAAAUUUCGCAGAGAUGGAGUUUCUGCAGAAUCAUCACGCGGUCAACACCUCCGAGCCGCCGUACACCCUCGGUACAGGUUCCGUCGGCAGCAUCGAGGCGACCAUCUCAUCCGGUCUCUGUUCUGGGUCGCUGGGCGUUCUCGCGGGCGACGACGCUCUAUCAACUGAUAAUCAAAACGAGGAGGCAGCCGUCCUCGGCGCCGCUCUGCAGGGUACGCUGCGUUUACAGGAUCUGCAGAAUUCGCCGGAUGACAUCGGCACCGAUCAAGGCCAGCACCUUUCGGCUUCCGGCCAAGUCGUAAGCGAAUUCGGCGGCAGCUUUUGGGUCGACGAUAUGGCGGGUUUUCCUUUACCCCCGUUAGAUCUGGAUCCACUGCCUCCCGGACUGUUCAGCCCAUGUUCGGGAACCUACAACUGGGGCUGCUCGCGCGGCGAAUGCGUGCCAAGGACCGGUACCGGCGCGAACGGCGAGGGCGUUGCCGAUGUCCUUUUGUCCCUGAAACAUGCAGUAGUGCAUCCUGGAAGUCCGACAGCUGGCUAUUACCCUACCGGUGCCGGUUCCACCACGGCCCAUCACUACUCGCAAGACUACGUGCAGAAUCUAGGUCCGUCGGUCCCAGGUCCGGGCCAUUACGGUUCCGCGUCCGCCAUGUCCGUCAACGUCUCGAUGAAUAUGACGAUGAACAUGAACAUGCAUUCCGGAUACGAGCAGAGCUAUUCGUCGGCGUGGGGUGUGGAACCCCUUUUAAGUCCCGCCCCUCAGUACGGCAAUCCGGUGGAGGCGGCGGCGCAAACGACCGUGAGGGUGAAUCAGGGUGCACCGGCCAAUAGCGGCUUGAUCGGCCAUCCCCAUUCUCACCCCCAGCCGCAUCACGGUGGUGGCCGGCUGCAGCUCGGGGGUGAACAUGCGAUAUGCAUGGGUACGACGGGUCCAGCGACUGGCGCGGGCGGCGUUACCCCGGAGGAUAAUGGUAGACCCAAUCUAUGCAGGAUAUGCGGCAAAUCAUAUGCCAGACCUAGCACUCUCAAAACUCAUCUGCGCACUCAUUCUGGGGAAAAGCCGUUCAGAUGUCACGCGUGCUCAAAAGCAUUCAGCCAGGCGGCGAAUCUGACUGCGCAUGCGAGGACACACUCUGGGGAAAAGCCGUUCCGAUGUCCGGUGUGUGACAGAAGAUUUUCUCAAAGUAGUUCGGUGACUACGCAUAUGAGAACGCAUUCGGGCGAACGACCCUAUAGGUGUCGAUUUUGCAAGAAAGCAUUUUCCGACAGCUCGACGCUUACCAAGCACUUGCGUAUUCACUCCGGCGAGAAACCGUAUCAGUGUAAGCUAUGUCUGCUUAGAUUUAGUCAGAGCGGUAAUCUCAAUAGGCAUAUGAGAGUCCACGGCGGUUCCCUGACGUGACACAGUCCUUGCGCAUCAACACAGUCUACGCUGAUGAUGAUCGAUGACAGCGGUGCCGCGCGCCAGUUUCCUAAAUGCUGUCGUAUACCUGUGAUUCGAUUAGGAACAAACUCGCCGGAAAAAUAAAAGAUGAAAAUAAAGCGAGUGUGUGUAUCGUUAUGGAGGAAGUUUGGAAAGGUAAGAAAUAGUCAGUCGAGAUGGAAGUUAGGCACCGGGACAGAUAAGACUCACACUGAUUAGACUGACCCUGAAAGACGUUGUAUGGCUCGUUUUCAUGGACAUCUAACGCAGCCGCGCGAAUUCGACCUUGUUUGAGCGCUGCGGCAAGCGCAUCGUCGUCCACUAGACCACCUCGCGCUGUAUUGACUAAAAAUGC